UGUGUGUGUGUGUGUGUGUGUGUGUGUGUGUGUGUGUGUGUGUGUGUGUGUGUGUGUGUGUGUGUGUGUUCUGGUAAUCAUCACGCGAUGGGGACCGUUGACUGUUUACACAGUCACGUCAUGGGGACCGGUUGCGCUUUGGGGACCAAAAUCCCGGUCCCCAUGAGGAUAACCCUUUUAAAUGACUACUAGAGCUACUCUGAAGGUGCCCGUGAAGUUUUAAGCAUUGGCCCAUACGACAUGUUUUUUGGUGAGUGUGAGUGUGUGAGCAUUGCUCAUUGGUGGCCCUACUGUUUCUAGUUAGUACUGCACCCACUGCUUCACACACACACAUCUUCCAAAUAUGGUUGGGUGCCACCCACUUCCUUGUCCCCAUUAGGAAUGAUUCAAGCAGCGAGGACAUUUUCAGCAUCAAGAGGUAGCUAUCAACAGUAAAAGAAGAUUAUUUGCCGGAGAAACUAGCUAAGAAGAUAAGAACAUGUGCAGAGGAGCAAAAGUAAAGCAUAAGAAAUGCCACCACGGAUCAGCAAUUCAACAUGAUACACAUCUGCAAAUUAGAGGUCCAGUAUAUUUAUGCAGCAAAAGUAUUGAUGCCUUCAGAGAAGAUGGCUCAAUUGGUGUUAAUGGAGAACCCCACCUUUGUUUAUUUGCCCUGGAUGACAUCAAAGAAGGAGAAGAAAUCGCCUAUAACUAUGGAGGUGAAGACUGCCCAUGGCAAACACAGGUUUUUGCGAUGACCACUGGUUAUGUAACAGCUCUUGGAGGGCUGUCCCAAUUAGAUGGGGAAGAUUUCAACCUCUGUUUCAAGGGGCAAGAAUACCCUCGAAAACAAGGGACGACCAGCAUCACUGUUAACACCAUGGAGGAGGAUGAUUCAGAUCCUGUCCACUCAGAGAGUCUGAUGGCUUGUGCCUUUGGGCCAAAGAUCACACCUGAAGAGAUGAAAGACACAGAUCUGGAAGAUUCUGAACUAUUUGAUUCGUCAUCAGAGAGUGCAGAUGAUCACGUACCAGAUACCAUCUCCGAAAGUGACAGUGACAGUGAUGCUUCAGUUCAACUAAACUUUAAGAACACUUUUCUGCCUCUUAAUGAUCCUGAUAGCUCAAUGGGCCCCACUGUCUGCGAUUAUACAACACCAGACAACAUGAUUUUGGAUGGUCAAAACAUUACACCUGAAGCCCCCAGAGCAGUAGAAGAACCCCGGUCAAGUCAGACUAUAAAGGACAUCGUUAGAUAGCAGUCAUAAAAAAAAGGCCAGAUCAGAGACUGUUGUCAGUGUUGCCAACUUAAGAUGUUGCCACCAAUACUUUGUCAUUUCAGACCUUUGCCGCAUAACUGUUGCUGCCCCCAUUUAAUGUAGUUUUAUCUGUAUAUUCAUGCCUGCAAUAAUCAGAUAAAGGGUUGUUUGGCUGAUUCUAGAGUAUAUUAGGUGCUUAAAGUAGGACUCAUAACAGUUACAGUUUUAAUAGUAUAAACAUACAAACAACAACUAGUCCCUAUACCAAACACCUGUCCUACGUCCUCACAAUUCCAUAGUUAGUUAGAUUAAUGAGUGAAU